GUUCAGCGAUACGGUUCCGUGCCAAUUGAAACCCAUUUAGCACAAACAGCAUACAAUACAUGAUAACAAACAUACAAUAUGAUAUACUAUUAAUUUUCAAUACAAAGAAAUAUAUAUAUAUAUAUAUAUAAACUGCAUAGUGCUUCUAAUAAAAUACAACGUUAGUGCGCUUACUCGAUCAAGUUAAAUUAAUAUUCAAGAAUUUAUUAAUGAUUCGUGUAUUGUUGGAGAGACUGUCUUUCUGUAUUCCCAUCACACAGGCAUUAAUUAACAUAUAGAUACAAUUUGACUGUAUCCAUUUGUCUUGAGUACUGACUUGUCUAGAUUCCUCAAACGCGGUUUAUACCCAAAUAAGGCGUUUAUUGACUUGGAAAAUAUAAUACUCCACUAAUAAUCAUCAUAAGAAGAAGAAGAAGAAGAAGAAAACGGACGCACGUGACCUCUCUCACUAAUAUAUAAAUUUCAGUAUUUAAAGUCUCAUUUAAUUUCAAUAACAUGAAUCUAAUCGGGAAAACAACUCACCUGCAUACAAAAACAGGCACAUAUUCUAUGUAUUCUCUGCCAUUUGGAGAAGACUUGUAGACCUCUCUUUCCCAUUGUCUUUCCACGUUGACCACUUACAUACAUACUUAUAUAUAUACAUAUAUAUAUAUGUGUGUGUGUGUCCUAGUUAAUACCUCCAUUGUCAAACAAUCCAAGAACUAGCAGAAGAUAAUCACACAUGGAGUUUCAGAGCUACUUGAAUAAAGAAAUGCACAAAGAGGAUGACUUUCAAGAAGGAGAUGAUGAUUUCUACAAUGAGCUUAGAAAACAGGUUAUGCAGUUAACAGCUGACGAUGAUGACGAUGAAGAUGAAAGAGAUGGAGAUGGAGAUCUCGUAGAUGAGAUAUUCAAGGCCCGGAAUCGGGGCCUGUGUUCCGGCCUUCCGGCCGGAUAUUAUCACAAGUGGGAUGUGAGUAAACAGGAAUGUGCUGUACCAGCACCUGUUUGGAUGAUCAACAUGAGAAAAACUGGAAAUGGGACAGGUGUUUUCAUACCACAAGCAGUCUACUCUAGAAGAAGAAGAAACAGAUCAAGAAAGAAGAAUAACAGAGCAAACAAGAGAGUGGAAGGGAUGAACUAACUGAUCAAUUUAUAUAUAUAUAUAUAUAUAUAUUUACCAU